UUAUCUUCAAACCUCUGCUGUACUUCCGUUUUCCACCCUCGCAGACAAAUGGCGACUUAGCGUCUGCCGCCUGCUUGCCUUCCGUUCUGGUGAUCUUCGGCGAUUGGAGGGUUUUUCUCUUCUCUUCCAUCGCUGAUUUUCGUCCUGAUCGUUUUCUUAUCACUUGGAGAUUUCACUUACCUUUUUAAAAUUUGCAUAUUUUUCUCGGAUUCUCCGUUUUGGCUGAGGUCUAUCGUUUUCCUCGCUCGAGAUGGCCAGCAUUUCCUUUUUGCUUGAAAUAUCCCCUUUCAUUUUUCACAAAAUUGGCUUCUGAGGUCCGCUGUGGUUCUGUGCGAGACGGCGAUGGAGGGCGGUGACGAGAAGGAGAGAGCACCGACCGUUGGGAUUGAGCCGACAGCAACCAUCGUUAUUGAGGUGAUCUCUGAUGACACUUUUUGCUCCGCUCUUGAUCCAUUGGAGGAUACCGGAAGAGAGAAGGUGAAAGAAAAUACCAUGGCGGUUGAUCUGGAGAGUGGCGGUGAGUGUUCGGAGAUGGAGGGUGAGAAAAUUUGCCGGAUCUGUCAUUUGAGCUCGGAGCUGGUUGGAUCGGUGGAGGAAGGUUGGGAGCUGAUCGAAAUCGGAUGUGGAUGCAAGGAAGAACUUGGGAUCGCGCACCGACGCUGUGCUGAGGCUUGGUUUAGGGUGAAGGGAAACAGGCUUUGUGAAAUUUGUGGUCUGAAUGCAAAAAGUAUUGUUGGCAAGGACGAUUUCAGUUUCAUGGAACUCUGGCACGAAGGCAGAAGAAGGCCUGGGGGCUCCAAUAACCUGAACUUGCGUAACCAAGGCACCUAUUGGACCAGCCAAAGAUUCUGUAGUUUCUUCAUAUCAUUUCUUGUGAUAGCUUUUAUACUUCAAUGGUACUUCCGGGAAAGCUUUAACUGAUAUAUAUAGCUUCUCUUCUUCCAAAGGUUAAAGAUUGCAGAGUGUUGUUUGUUUCAGCCAUGGGAUUCAUCUCUUAACACACAGAUGAGGAUGGCAUUGUAUAGUGUAGGCAUCCAGGUAUUGUCCUACCGAAAACUCUAAGAGUGGCAUUGUAUAGUGUAGGCAUCCAUGUACUGUCCUGCUGAAAACUCUAAAAUGUACAGAAUGCACUUUUCAUAUAGGCAUAAUAAGCUAGGCAUUGUGGACUCAUUGCCACUUCUGUUGCAAUAAGCAUAAUUUGUGUGUAAAAUCACUCCUAUUUUCAUUUCUCCUAUUAAAUUGUCUGUAUAAUUCUUGUAAA